AAUUAAUUUUAUUUCAUGGUUGGUUUGAUAUAUUUGUAUCUUGUACGUACCAUAUCAUUCCAUCAAGUCUAUAAAUAGCCAAACUGGUAUAGCUUGUUUUGUACUCACUACUCAGCACAUCACACAAUCUUCUAUAUAGAGAUCUUCGGGUACGUAGCGGGUGAAGCUAGCAAGAAAUAAUGGCAUCAAAACAGUGUGAGAAGAAGGCGCCGCAACUCAGCGCUGCGCAGCAAGCGGAUUUGGAUAAGAUAGUGGAGCAAGCAAAGCAAUCGUAUGUCUGUGAAGAUAUUGCGAAGAAAGCCCGUGAAAUCGUUGCCAAAAAUGAAGGCCAUGAAAAGGACCAAAAAUUGGUGAGCUUGCUAGCAGGCACCUUCACGAAUUCAGCAAAGGAUAUCUUGACCCUUUUAGACAGCAAGCAUUGGGACGGAACCAUUGUCGUAGACUUUCCAAAAACUUUCAGUCUUGCGGGUCCUUUCUCUAUGGCAGGCCUGUUCAGCGGCAUUAAGGCCGGAGCUGCGUAUGUCGGCAAGAAUCAAGCUGGUAAAGAAUGUGUUUGGCUGGUUGCUUUUGCAGACAACAGCGCUCUUGGAAGAGUUAUGUAUGCGGAGUGUGGCCCUUUACGCAACUACACCAACAUCAACUGGGAAGCCAUCAAAGCCAAGUUGAAUGACGCUAGCUUUAUAGCUUAUGCCUCUGACGCUGAGACUGGAACUUCCAUUUAUGGUACUAUCGUCGGCCAAGACCCCGGAACCGUGGCUGCUGCAGCCUUCACUGGUUAAACAAACAUACGUCGACUACGUACGUUGGAUCAAUAAUAACUGUUUCAUGUACUCAGUGUGAUCUACGUACGUAUAUGUGCCGAUCAACAAUAUAUGUUGUAUCAUCUUUGUUGCAUCGUUAUUUACUGUACUGCCUUUAUUUCAGUAUGUUUAAAUUUUGUUACGAGGGGAAAGCACUUCUGACUGUGAGAAUAUGUACGCAAGCUGCAAGCUGCUAUCUACCGUGCAUGUUUCUACUA